CAUGCUUUAAUUCUCAAACACGAGAAGUUAAAUUUUAGUGUGAGUUGGGUAAUUGUUGGAGGGUCUAUUUUCAGUCCAUAAAUACCUGUCUGCUACGCCAACUCACUUCCAUAUUUUGCAUCCUUUGUACCUGAGUUCAAGGUUUACACCAAAGAACUACAUAUAGUGCAGAUUCCUAAGCUUCAAACCAUGGAGCUUCCAAAUCAAGCUCAAGAAGGCUCUUCUCAAAAGAAGAUGGGAAGAGGGAAGAUUGAAAUCAAACGGAUCGAGAACACCACAAAUAGGCAAGUCACCUUCUGCAAACGCCGCAACGGUUUGCUGAAGAAAGCUUAUGAAUUGUCAGUUCUGUGUGAUGCUGAAGUUGCCCUUGUUGUCUUCUCAAGCCGUGGCCGUUUGUAUGAGUAUGCCAACAACAGUGUUAGGGCAACUAUUGAAAGGUACAAAAAGGCAAGUGCUGCUUCCACAAACGCAGAAUCUGUAUCUGAAGUUAAUACGCAGUUUUACCAGCAAGAAUCAUCCAAAUUGAGAAGACAAAUUCGGGAUAUUCAGAACCUAAACAGGCACAUCCUUGGGGAAGCUCUCGGUUCUCUGAGUCUUAAGGAACUGAAGAACCUCGAGGGUAGAUUGGAGAAAGGAUUAAGUAGGGUUAGGUCUAGAAAGCAUGAAACAUUGUUUGCUGAUGUCGAGUUCAUGCAAAAGCGGGAAAUUGAGCUGCAAAACCAUAACAAUUAUCUGCGAGCUAAGAUAGCUGAACAUGAGAGAGCUCAACAACAGCAACAACAGCAGCAAACAAAUAUGACGCAAGGAACACUGUGUGAGUCACUUCCUUCACAAUCUUAUGACAGGAACUUUUUCCCUGUAAAUCUCAUAGGUUCUGAUCAGCAAUAUUCACGUCAAGACCAAACUGCUCUUCAACUUGUCUGAAGACAUGGUUGAAAAUUAAAGCUACAGUGGAAGUUGUGGCACAGUGUUUAUGGGUUAAUUAUGAUAAUCUUGCUAACUACUGUAAUAGUUAGUUGUAGUGUUUAUAUAGUGGAGAUCCAAUAAUGCCAUGCACUGUGUUUCCAGAACCAUAUUAUAUAUAGUGCCUUUAGAAUAUACUUCUAAAGGUUAUCAAACUGUGAACUAAAAAUGAACCAUCAUUUUGGACCAUUAUUUC